GUUCAAACAUGAUAAGAUCCCACGUAUGUGACCAUAAGGACUGAGGUCUUUAUAAAAACUGCACGUUUCUCUCAAGUUGUCUUGUAAUUUCACACAACACCAUGGGGAGAGCUGCUUUAUUUCUACUGCUGACGGGUAUUGUGGCCAGUGGACAAGAGUUUCACUGGGAAAGCGACUAUGACCAGUCUCUAGAGUUUAAGUGCUCUGCAGGACAGUCGAUAUCCCACAUAAAGAUCCAACAUGGUAACCCUAAUGAAGACCUGACGUGGGAGUUCAGCUGUAAAGACACCUUUGAUACUAGUGUAGAUUGUUUCUUGUCACCUAACAUCAAUGAAUUGAACCAAACGUUCACCUACGAGUGUCCACAGCACCACAUCAUCACAGGAAUGAGCACCUACCACAGCAAGAACGAGGACAGGCGCUGGCAGUUUUACUGCUGCAGAAGUAACAGCCGCUGUACUGCUAACUGUGAGUGGACUCCUGACAUGAAUGGGAUUGAGUUCAACUUACCAAACCAGAAGUACCUGGUGGGUGCUGAAAGCUUCCAUGAAAAACCAGAGGAGUCUGCCAGACCUGAUACCUAAUCUAAAAAUGAUGGGAGUGCAGCAGUCACAUGGCCAACAUUAUAAGACGGAUUAUUUUUAAAAUGUAUAUUUGGUCCCUUACCUAUGAAGUUGAUGCGCUUGUUAAGAGCAGUGUUGUCCAAAUCUGUUCCUGGAAGCAAACAAAAAGAACAUUUUCAAUGUCCAUAACUCGUAAAAUUCUGAAAUGCUAUGGUACCAGUAAUAACAGCAGUCUCAUGGCAAUUCAUAACUAUUUUAUGCUCACUUUAUUCUAAAAAUUGUACGUUUAGUAACUCAAGAAGUAAUACACAACCAUAAUCAAACACAGAUUCACCACCGUAAAGAAUACAAAUCUGUUGCUGAAUCUCAUCUAUUCCAGUUCUUUGCUUCACCUACAAUAUCAUGUAGCACGCUAUGCAAUCAGAACUUACCUGAUGAAAUGGUUUCUCCCGUGGAUCCAGAGAACUCUGAUCCAGACGCACUGAUGGAAGACUCACAGGAGUGAGCAUUAAAUGCUUUGUGUUCUGGAAAAAAAAAUUAAAAUACUCAAGCAUUUUUACAAUACACUGAAAUGUUUAUUAAUGUGUUCAGUCACAGUGUAAUACUAAGACAUGCAUUAACUCAUGAAAGAGAAAUUGUUUCAAUAAAGCUAUAAAAAUA